AAAAACAAGUUUUUACUACACUAAAGAAGAAAACCAUGAUGAACGUAAAAGUAUUUUCAACUACUGCUGAUAUAGAACUGGAACGUGACCUCAUAGAGUUAAUUAAAGGCAUAAACCUGCUUGAAUCGAUUUCUAAUUACAAUAUAAUUGAAAUUAAGGAUGAUGACGGUAAAGUAUAUUGGUCAAUAUACGCUGAGUCUGGCAAGUUAAAUUAUAUCCUGUUAGUUAGUUCAGCUACGAGGUUAUUACAAGCUAAAGAAAGUGGAUGUAAGGUGUACCGCUCAAAAGUUUGUUGUCUGUUUGAUAUUGAUUACUUUAAUCCUUAUGAACUCUAUAAGAAGUGUUAGGGUUAUAGAACUGAUGUCUUUACGAUUUGUAUUAUUAUAAUAUAUUGGGUUGGUGAUAAUAGAAACGAGUUUAACAAAGAGAAUGUAGUGAGAUAAACAGUUGAAAUAACAUAUUAAGUUAGGUUCCAUC